UUGUAUUGAUUCAUGUCGUAAGUCGAACUACACAAACUAUUUAACUAUUCAAAAAAACACUCCGGGUGACUCACGUUAAAAAUUCUUGACGAAUAACAAUUAUUCGUCAAAAGUCGCCUUCAACAAAAAUUUUUGUGUAAGUUCGCAAAAAAACAAAAAAAAAAUACAAUCGAAAAUUUCGGAACGUGUGAGAGAAGUGUGCUGCUAAAAAAAUGGCUGGACAAACAAUAAAUGAUAGAUUAUUAGCCGCAAAACAUAGCAUUGCUGGACAAGGCUUAGCAAAAUCCGUAUGUAAAGCAACCACCGAAGAAUUAUUAGGUCCAAAAAAGAAACAUUUAGAUUAUUUGGUUCAUUGUACAAACGAACCAAAUGUUUCGAUACCACAACUGGCAAAUUUAUUGAUAGAACGCUCUCAAAACUCUAAUUGGAUCGUGGUUUAUAAGUCGUUAAUAACGACCCAUCAUAUAUUGUGCUAUGGCAAUGAACGUUUCACUCAAUAUUUAGCUUCGUCGAAUACAACAUUUCAAUUGAAUAACUUCAUGGAUAAAACCACGAUAACGGGUGCACCGGGAGCUUCACUUGGAUCGUUACCAACGGGUGGUGCUGGUGCCAUUUCAGCGAUGAGUAACCUUCGAACCGGAUACGAUAUGUCACCGUUUAUUCGUCGCUAUGCACGUUAUUUAAAUGAAAAAGCGUUAUCAUAUCGAACGGUUGCUUUCGAUUUUUGUAAAGUGAAACGUGGCAAAGAAGAAGGAACGUUACGUACAAUGCCAGCGGAUAAAUUAUUAAAAACAUUACCCGUUCUACAACAGCAAUUGGAUACGUUGCUCGAAUUCGAUUGUACAGCGAAUGAUUUAACGAAUGGUGUUAUAAAUAUGUGUUUUAUGUUGUUGUUUCGUGAUUUAAUCCGUUUAUUCGCUGGUUAUAAUGAUGCGAUUAUUAAUUUAUUAGAAAAAUACUUCGAAAUGAAUAAGAAACAAUGUCGUGAAGCGUUGGACUUGUAUAAGAAGUUUUUAAUACGUAUGGAUCGUGUUGGGGAAUUUUUAAAAGUUGCUGAGAAUAUUGGUAUUGAUAAGGGAGAUAUUCCUGAUUUAACGAAAGCUCCAAAUAGUUUAUUGGAUGCUUUGGAACAACAUUUACAAUCAUUGGAAGGGGGUACACCGACAGCACCCUCGGGUGGUCAAAAACAUGGACCAAAAGUUACACCAUUCGUUACAGCAGCUACAAAUGAAACACAACAAGCUUUGGCCGAAGAAGAAGCGAUUUUAAAUCAAUAUAAAGCGGCCACAAACUCAACAAAUCCGUUCCUUGAAGAUGCUGCUCCAGCACCACCGCCGCCUGCAAGCAAUACAAAUCAACAAAUUCUUGAUUUAUUUGGAACAUCUACUACAGUACCGGCACCAGCUGCGAACACUUCGUCGAAAGCUUCCGAUGAUUUGUUACAAUUGGGUAAUCCAUUUGCGGAUAUGUUUGCGCCCACAUCUCAACCAUCAACUCAACAAACCGAUUUAUUUUCAAAUUCAAAUUGGACAACUACGGCCGCAACAAAUGGAUCAGUUGAUACAAAUUUAAUUUCAGUGUUUGAUUCGACGAAUAAUCAAAGCACAACUUCAAUGUUCGAUGAUCCAAUGAGCAUGCUUAAAACAAAUAAUACAACAAUGCUACCAACUCUAGGAGGUGCUCCUGGAGGACAACAACCCAUGAUUCCGAAUCUACAACAACAAGCACCUCAACCAGUCAUGGGUAAUGCGAUCCCACAACAGAAAAAAGUGUUAACCGGUGACCUCGAAAGUAGUUUAAUGUCGUUAUGUGAGAAUUUAACAAUUAGUAAUAAUGCAAAACCAUCGGCCGUACAAUGGAACUCACCAAAGAAUCAACCAAAACCAACAAUGCCUACCGCUGGUGGAUUCGCUCAACCAACUGCUGGGGUUGUACCACCCGGUGGUGCUAAUUAUCGUCCAAUGAUGCCUGCAGCCGGAGCUCCUAUGCAAUUUAAUGCAUCGGCUGGUGGAAGUCCACGUAUGGUACCUCCAACAACAAAUCAACAACCAAAAUCUGAUUCAUUGUUUGAUCCAUUUGGUGAUUUGUAAAUUUUCCAAAAAAUUAGAAAAGUUAACGACCCCUUGUCCUUCCCCCUAGUGUAUAUACCUAGAGCAUAUAUUUAUAUAAUCACGUCUUCAUCAUAGCUUCUCAUGUGUCUGUGUGUGUGUGCGCGCGUAUUUGUAUAUAAUUUAAAAGAUCUCAAACUUAAAAUGGAUCUCAUGUUGGGUUUUUUUAUGGAAUGUAUACGGAAAAUGAUUUCUCGAUUUUUCAACAAGAUUUAUGAAAGAACAAGUAUUUUUAACGGAAUAAUUGUGAAACAAAAUGAAAGACCCUUGGAAGUGAUAUGAGAACUUCGGAACGCCUAAGAUUGUACUCAGACCAUUUCUGACUUGUAGUACCAGAAGUACGUUCUUCCCUCCAUCUAAGGUUGGCCUUUUUCAGAAUAUCCUCUUUCAAGAGUAACUUGUAGUUCGCAAAUGGAACUCCCGGGUAUUUAUGGAUGCUUGUGUCCGGCAGCAUCGUGCCAUUUCUGGCAAGCUCGUCGAUGUCACAAUUUCCUGGAGUCCCGGUACACAUACCAGGUCUACAUUCAUUCGUUCCGCCAGUUCAUUUAAGGACGUACGGCAGUCCUGUGCUACCUUUGACGUUAGAUAGACUGAGCUGAAGGAUUUUAGAGCCUUUUAUCCCUCGGAGUAUUUCAAAUGAAAAUUCGAAAUGAAUCGAGAAAGAAGAAGUUCGAAUAGAAUAUUAAACUGUGCUGCACACAAACGCACAGCCCAGCUAUGUAUGAUUUUUCUCAUCGAUUUUAGAAUUAGAAGAACAAAAUAUUUAUUUUAUUUAUUAAAAAUUUCAUCGUCAUUCAAAGUGUCUCUCUCGUAAAUCUAUAAGAAUUAGAUGUUAUUCAAUUUUUUUUUUAAUUAUGAAGGAUCCAACACAAAACCAAUGUCCAAAAAAUACAGGAGUCUUAUUAAGUGGAUUUAACCCUUUAGCUGCUGCUGUAAAUUUCUUCAUUGAGAAGGGUUAUUGAAAAAAAUGUCCCAAGUAAAAAUUAUUCCACAUGGAUGACAUUUGAAGGUCAUAAAAGUGCUCAUUGUGUACUUUUUUGACAUAUUGAUUUUGUGUACAGAGUGUUCUUUGAAAAAUGCAAGCUAAAAAUGCUUUUUUAAAUAUUUGUUGAACCCUUUGUAAGUGACGUCACAACGAUUCACACACUAGUCAUACUAAAAAAAAAAAUGGGCGUACAACGAUGUUAUGCCCUUUUGCAAAUUUAACACGUCAAAUGUGACACUAUAAAUGUUUCUCUAGCAAACGGGUUUAUCCUAAGUAUUUAUUGGGUAGUAAAUUAUUAUUAAAUAUAUUUAUCGGUUUUUUUAGGAUUCUAAAUCGAAUCCUUAUUUAUUUAUUUUACUUAAAUUUAUUUAUUUAUUUAUUUAGAAAUGAAAAUAUAAUUAGAGCACGCGCUUCUAGAUAGAUUCUAGGUAUAUUUAUAUAUAGAAAAAAACAAAUUAUGUGUAUACUCUCUAAGGUUAAUGACACACGUACGGAAAAAAACGACCAAGCAUUUCAUUAGCAUUCAGAACGAUUGAAAAUUUGAGAGGUUUCUUUGAGGAUCAGAAUUUCUCUUUAAGGGUGACUAAAAAAAAUUUCGACUUUGAUAAUAAUAAUAAAACAUAAAAGGGGUACAACAAAUGGGUUCCUAGCACCUAGGGAUCUAUCACUCGAAUGCGCGACGUCUCCGGGUAGCGAGACUCUCCGAGCUGCUGUUUUAAGUAGGUGAAAAAUGGGAUUCUUUCGAGAUACUACGCAGAAAGCCGUAACCUCUCAAAUUUUUGACCGUUCUUAAACAUUUCGAAUACUUCUGAAUAAUCAAACUUGGUAACGAAUCUAAAAAGAAAUCUGUGUCAUUAAUCUUAAUAAUUUUCGUUUUUGGUUUUAACCGAAUUUUUUCGAUAUUAUUAUUUUUUUUAAACCGAUUAAAAGUAUUAAAUAGUUUACAGGGAAGUCUUCACUACAAAUUUUCACGUAUGGUGCUUUUGUUUAAGUGAAACGAUUUUUUAAAUUUUAAGAGCUUUAUAUAUUUAUUAGGAAAACUUUUGAAAGGUUUCAUUUUACUCUAGACACUCGACAAAUACAAGGUAAUUCAUUUUAAUCGAUAGACCCAAAUAUUUUCAAAAAAAAUUAUUCAGAUUAAAGUGGGACUUUCUCUUCUAGCAUCGGAUUUGAUCUAGGUCUUCUGAAUCCUUUAAUAGUUAACUCAGAUCUUAAACAGUAAGAUACAGAAAAACACUUUAAAUGACAUAGUUCUGUGGAAAAUGUGACUUAAAAAUAUAUCAUUAUUGAACUUAAUCGAAAGAAAAACUUUAAAUAACCUAAAUCAUUUUUCUUUAGGUAGUGUGAAAAGUAAUAUGGACAUAUUUCUAAGUCACAUUUCCUCCGAAAGCUAACGAUUUUCGAAAAAAAAAUGUUAAAACAACCAAGAGAAUCAAGUCGAAUCUGAUGUCAGAACAUGAUGCCCCCUUCAUUCUGAAUUAUUUUAGAAGGUAUCCAUCGGUUAAAAUGGGUACCUUCUAACUGUAAAAAAUAAAAGUCGUGUCAAACCAAAUUUUAAAUUCGAAACUUUUCAUAACUUUUUACUUAUAAUUUUUUUAUGGUGCUUUAAUAUUUCAAUUUUUAUGACAGCGAUCAAAUUAAAUCGCUUCAUAACGUCUGAUAAGGCUUUAAGACCUCGAAUAAUAAACGUCCAAUCAAUAUAUUGUUUUAUGUUGAGUCUAAGCCUUAAUUUCUCGUUCUAACUCUACGAGAAUGACGUGUAUAUGUUAACCAGGGCUUUUAACAAGUUUUGAUGGAAGUCCUAAAUUUUAAAAUAUAUUUUUUAUCAAUUUGUGAGUGAAGAAAAAUUAAUUAUUCCUGUAAACUUGAGAGGCUUUUCUCGAAUUGUUGUUAAAAAAAUUUAUGAAAAAUAUUCAUCACCAUGGGUGUGAAUUAUCUUG